UUCACAAAAUUAAAACAUUAAUGCUUGAUUACCAUAUUAAUUAAAUGUUUGGUGUAUUCCGAAUAGCCAUACCGUUGUACUCUAAUAUUAUAACUUCCCUUUCCGGAUUUUCCCCUGUUUAGUUUCAGUCUGUAACUUCCGGUUUUAAACAUGUACAUCGACUAGCGAGUUUGCAUGAGCACCAUGAUAUAGCUUUUUGCUGCAUCAUCACAGGACUUUCCCGAAUUCAUCCGGGAAUAUCCGACUUAUGACGGAGAUGUCUCAAUGGAUAGAAAAUGCUUGCAUCCCUGCACUAUUUAUAGCACUGAUGGUUUAUCGUACAGAUGCCUACAGCUUAGUAACACUGGAUGCUUCUAAUUGUAAUUCUAAGACUCUCUUCAUUUCGCAUGAACAAUCACAAACAAUUAGAUGGACGGGCGAGGUCAUCCCUGCUCGUUGUCGUGUGGGAUUUGAAGCUACGGAAGCCCCAUAUGCAAUAUGCGUUGACAUCGAUAUAUUCCGUGUCGAUCACUGUUCUUUUACCCUCGGGAUAUAUGAGGAUUUAGCCGAAUAUCCCGUCAAGAGAUAUGACUGUACCUCUACGGAUACAACAGAAGAGCGUUGCUUUGAUCAUACAAGGAUCUACCUCGGAUUCACUUUCAAUAAUACUGGAGAAUUUUCAUACCCGAGUGUUAAAAUCGAAGUUAAAGUAAAAGUGGACGAAAACGCCGAGUCAGUAAUUGAACAAGUCGUUUGUGGCCUUGUUGCUGUCGUAUUUUUGGUCGGAACAACUGGAGUUAUAUUCAAGGUUUGCAGAGAAUAUAUGUGUGGAGAUAUAUUUGAAAGAUUGUGUAACUGCAUUUCUUGUUGCCUGUGUGGUAUAUGUAAGAACAUAUCUGACAAUUCCUGCUGCAUGAAAGUAUACAUGCCAAACACCACAACAACGAGAGAAAACUUAAGUAGUGGACACACAUUGGGUCUAUCUAGUGAACCAGAAGUACUUAAUGUGACCGGAACUCUCAUGAAUCUGUCACCUGGAAUAAGUUGGAACUCACUGGAUUCUUUAGGUAUCGGUGAUCGGAUCACUGAUGACGAAGUGUAUUCUUUUGUGCCUUCUGAGGACAACGGAUGUUCUCCUCCUCCUUACGAGGACCCACCCCCUGACCCCUCGUUGACCUUUGAUCCACCACCUUCCUAUUAUGAUGUAGUGACUGGGAAUAGCUAAUUCGACAAGUCAUUUGUGGAAUAGAUUAAGCACAAAGGACACAGAAGUCUGUAUUGUUUAUUAUGUUAAACUCACAGAAAUUACCAUGUUAGCAAUGCAUGAUGGCAGCAUUGACUUUUUCGGAGACUGAAGUCCUGAAAUCUGUAGUUUUACAAGAAUGAACUGUUACAUUGGACGAUUGUUUUGCCUUUACAUGUUAAGAAUUAUGAUACGUGCAAUAUUUUUCGGCAAUAGUUGUAUUGUAUGAACAGCAUUACAAACAUUUAUCAGUUUCCAUAAUAAAUUUUCUUUGU